AUGUCGUCCGUUUCGUCGCCGGCCUCGUCGUCGUCAUCUAACUGGUCGUCCAUACCACCAUCGUCGUCUUGCGCAGCACCGAUCGUAUCGAUGCUCGACUGGCUACCGGAGUCCGCGCCUCGCUACGUCUGUGCCGACUGCGGUACGCAUCUGGCGCUACAGGACGAACUGAUAUCCAAAUCCUUUAGCGGUCGAGACGGUAAGGCGUACCUGUUCAGCUCCACGCUGAACACCACGCUCGGCGCCAAGGAAGAUCGCCACCUGCUCACAGGCAUCCAUACCGUCUGCGAUCUCGCCUGCAAAGGUUGCGCCAAAACGCUCGGGUGGUACUACUGCAAAGCGUGGGAUUCCAGCCAAAAGUACAAGGAGGGAAAGAGCAUCAUGGAAAAAGUCAACCUCACCAAGGUCAACGCUUGGUGA